CGCCAGUCGAGCAGCCAGCACGGCCAGCUAGCCAGCCAACCAGCCGGAGGUAGGGAUCGCGACGGAUAAUCGCGCACGGGGGUGUAGCUCGCGCACGACGUUUCACGCGUUUGCCGCGGUCCGAUUCGCGAUUCGCGUUGGCGAUCCGCGCGACGAUGCGACCGAUAGCACGAACAUCGUAGGCGACGCGUCGUGGAAGCAGAUCGUGGAGGCGGAGCGCGCGGGCGAGGAAGAGGUGGUCCGCAGGGACAUAACGGGGUGCAGCAGCCGGGACGGCCGAGCAGCCCGCACGCACGCACUUGCGGCCCGCAAUCCGUCGAGAUGGAUUGGGAACUGACGACGAUGGCGAACCUCCACCUGACCACCACCGAGCACCGCUACUACGGCGACAUAUUCGUGUACUGCUGCGAGAACACGGAAGGCGACAGCGUGCCCGUCGUCAAGGUGGCCGAGCUGCUGCGCUCGGCCAACUUGCCGCGGGACGUCACGAUGAAGAUAUUGGAUAUCUGCAUGGGAGCGAAAAGCAACACACACCUGGGCAAGAAGCAGUUCUACGCAGUGCUGAAGCUCAUAGCGGUCCAUCAAGCUGGCUUGGAAAUCUGCAGGGACAUGGUGACCGCUUCCCUGGACGUGAUUACCCUGCCGAGAUUCACGUGGCCGACUUCUGGCGACGAGGAUGGCAGGAGAAGUCCAGAUUUAACUAGGGGAGUGAAGGGCAGGCAUCAAGUUCCGGAGAGCACUACCGAGAGCGAGAGCGAGGCGGAAUCCCCGCGUGAGACUGGCGGGAGCACGGACUCGCCGACGCCAACUAACAGCGUGACUCAAGAGAGGAACGACAGCAUGAUGGGCAGUGAAACGAUCAUGGAUUCCGUUUCCGGAGGGUGGCAGGGAUUGCUGGUUUCCGAGGAGCAGAGGCAACUGUUGGGCACGGAAGAGGAGAGCUCGGAACGCCAUAGCAGUGACGAGGGUGACGGGGAGGGCGACGGUUCCGGUUUUCCACCGGAGGAAGUGUGGAUUAUCAGUGACGAGCAACGUGAUUAUUACACCGCGCAAUUCGCGCAGCUGCAGUCCGACCCGGAGGGUCUGUUAGCGGGCCCUGUGGCCAGAACGUUUUUCGAGAAAUCGCGGCUUCCCGUUUCCGAGUUGCGGCGUAUCUGGCAGCUCGCGGACGUCACCAGGGACGGGGCGCUGAGUUUACAGGAGUUCUACGUGGCUAUGCACCUCGUCGUACUAAGGAGAAACCAUGUGCCUCUACCUGACGUUUUACCUCCGUCCUUGUCGAUCCCGUUAGUCACGCAACCGACGGUCGUCGCGCCGCAGGUCCCGCCGGUGGCGGCAGCCGCCUCGAAAUCGCCGCCGAACUCGGCGAACGCUCGCGAGAAGAACAAAGAGUGGACGAAGUUCGUGGAUUCGCCGACCGGGGCGAGCAGUUCGGUCACCAGUCCGGGACUGCAGCUGGUGAACUUCGAUUUCCAGAAGUCCGCCGUCGAACGAGACCCAAAAAUUCUACACCCAGUGCCGCUUCGAUUGACGCCCGAGGCGGCGAUUCUUGCUUCCGGUGCUAACGGCAGCAGCAGUAGUUGCACGACCCUGGGGGAUGACGAUCUGCAGCACUCCGCGGCGUCGUUGGUGCAGCGACCGCUCACGAAGAAACCAUCCGCGGCGCCCGAAGACGCCGUCAUCGUGACACCUAAGAAGGAACCACCGCCGCCACCGCCACCCAGACCGUACAGAACACAUGCACGCAGUUCUAGUCUCGAUCUUAAUAAAUUAGGCAAGAAUGGUCAAAGUUUUCUUGGAGCACCGCCGUUAGUACCACCUAGAAUUUCACCAGGAAUUACUUCGCCACGUAAGUUGGUUGGUCAGAGAAGCGAGGGCGAGGGACAGAGGACACUGAGCGAAACGCAGGGUUUCGUCGCGGACUUUUCGCACUUCUCGCCCAAAAGCGAACUGCCCGAGAGCACGGUGCCGCUUAUAGAAAACACAGUGCCGCAAUCCCAACAAUUCACCGGAGUCUGCGGGGCGUUUCAUAUUUAUAGGAAGCCGAGUCCAAAGCGUGACGGCGGCGAGGAGGAGAAUAAGGAUGAAUCGGAGGAUGGGAAGACAUUAACCUUACAAGAAUUGAGAGAGAAAAAUGCAGAACUGCGCCUGGUCUGCGAAGAACUGACGCGAGAAUUAGCUAGCGCGCUUCAGGAGCGUAUAAAUCUGCGUGCUAAGCUCCUGCUCCUGACCUGAUGUGAUUACUACUCGCUAUCAUUCAUUCAAUCGAAGCUGUGAGGUAUCACGUAUCCUCGAUUCAUUGUAAACACAUGUAUUUAAUACGUUAUACUAGUCUGUAGAAUUCCUUUUUUUUCCUAACGAAGUAUUCAUUCAUAUCCAUAAUGACGGUAGACAGAUACUGCAGGGAAUGAAAUUUGUGAAAAGGUACGUAUAGAUAUUUUACUUGAGAAUGUGUGGAGGGGGAAGAGUAUAUCUACGAUAUGAAUUAUAAGAUUGUGUACAAAAGGCUGGUACGAUGUCUGCAUUGAUGACAUAUAUAUGAUUUAUAAAUGUUCCUGAAUUUACUUUUUACCAAGCUGACAAACUGUCACACGUAUGUUUAUGUAGUAAAAAAUUAUUGAGAGAUUCAUCCGCUGGAAUUUAAAAAUUUACAUUGAAUUCUCCUCUGAUUUAUUAAUUUGUACAUUACGUUCCACAUAGUAUCUUCCUUUUCAAUCGUCGUAAAUAUAUAUUUAUAUGCAGUAGAUUAAAGCAAGACCGGAUAAGGAGUCUAUUGUACCUUCUAACAAGUGCGCUGUACAAGAUUGUGCAUGUCAUAUUUCUGUUGUCUUUCAACGCACAUACUUGAAAUCGCUGAUCGUUAUUUUCAUUCGCGAACAUUUGCUAAUUUUAUAAGAAUUAAUGUAGAAUAUUUCUCCUGUGAUCGUUUGUAUACAUUGAUGAAUCUCUCGAAAGAACUAUUUGUUCACCAUGGAACGAAGCUGUAAUAUCCAUUGUAAAACUUCGAGUCAGCCUCGAAAACUAUUGCAAAGACGAAUGAUAGAUAUUUAUCGGUUGCAACAAAAUCGAAUUAUAUUUUCGUAUUAACUACGUAAAAGUUUUGACAAAAAAGAAACGGAAUAUAAUCAGGACUGUUGUAACGUUAUAUUCUACUUCGUGAUAACAAAUGUACCUAUAAAAUACCUGUUAAAUGUUAAAGAAAGAUAUACGAGAAAUGUGGAAUCUGCAGGAACAGAAUACUUCAAAAAUAAAUUUAUAUAGAUGUAUUGAAUGCUCAGACUCACAUACACAGUUGAAUACGUCAAUUGUUUGGUGUAUCAAUUCUUUCAAACAAUUAUAUCGAGUCGUAUUGUUGUAGUUUUGAAAAGAUAGGUAUUAUUAUAGUUGGUGCAGAUUAUCCUCGAGAAAGAUUUAAUCUUACGCAAGAGCCACAUACGAGUCAAAAUCAGGUGUUAGUAUAUUUUGUAAUUAUUCAUAUAAAUAUUUCUAAUAGCGUAACAAUAGUUUCAUCUUUUAAUUCCUUCUUCGUUCCUUUCUGAAACUUGAUCUUUGUGGCUCGGCUCUGUAUCAGUCUCAUCAUUUUAUUUAGAAAUUGCCAUUUAUAUCCAAUCAAAUAUAUAUAUAUAUAUAUAUAUAUAUAUAUAUAUAUCGAUUUUCAAUCAACGUAAAUCACCAUAUCUUUAAAUAUUUUCAUUUUCCUAUAAAUAGUAAAUAAAUAAAUUUGCCAAGAGAUCGUUAUUACUAAAAUAACUCUGUGCCAUAUAACAUGUGAAAUUUCAAAGUCUAUUAGCAAUGAUCAAUCGACGGUCAAGUAUCAUGGGACUAUUUAGAAGUAAAAGCUUAAAAAUCAACGAGUCAUGCGACAAAAAGAGAUUUUUUGUAAUAUUGUAUAGAUAUCAUGUAAAAAUUAUACAAAUUUAAUGCUUAUAUCAGAAUUGUCUCUGAUUUCUCGUCUGCGGUCCCGUAAAAAGGAAAUGUAAGUUGUAGAGUACUGAAAUGUCUGUCGAAUAUGAAUAAAGGAACUACUUUAGUUU